CUAUCGUAUGAGUCAUGAGGCUAGAUUUUUGUUAUAUGAAAUAUUCAUUUUUAACUAUAAGAGCGUCCCCUAUCUCACAAUUCCAUUCCUUCAAUCCUCUCUUUAUACCUCUAGUCCAACCCCUAUUUCAAGGAUUUCAGUUGCAAAUCCACACUCAGAACUUCGCAAAAGUGCACCCUAAGCUGCAAAAGAUGCAUAAAAACUUCAAUCUUUCCAGUUCUGACCAUCCAAUAAGUUCCUAGGCUUUCUUUUUCUACUAAUCAGAUUUUAUAAAUUGAAUAAUUCGUACGUGAUUGAAGAUGUAUAGCAAUUUCAAGGCACAAGCGAUUGAAUAUGUGAAGCAAGCAGUGCAAGAAGAUAAAGUUGGUAACUACGAAAAAGCAUUUCCUCUUUACAUGAACGCUUUGGAGUACUUUAAGGCCCAUUUAAAGUACGAGAAGGACCCUAAGAUUAAGGAGGCCAUUAUGCAUAAAUUUGGCGAGUAUUUGCGCCGGACGGAAGAGAUCCGAGUCGUGUUGGAUAAGGGUGGGAGUGGGCUGGGUCUGAAUGGAGGGGAUGCAGAUGCGGCUACCAGGCCCAAUGAUGAAGAAGAUGGUGAUGAUCCUGAACAGUCAAAGUUGAGGUCUGCGCUUGAUUGUGAGAUUAUCAGAAACUUUAAGCAGAAAGCGAUUGAGUAUGUGAAGGAAGCAGUGCAAGAAGACAAUGCUAAAGCAUUUCCUCUUUACAUGAAUGCUUUGGGGUACUUCAAGACCUAUUUAAAGUACGAGAAUAACCCUAAGAUUAAGAUGGCCAUUAUUCCGAAAUUUAACGAGUAUUUGAACCGGGCGGAGGAGAUCCGAGCCGUGUUGGAUGAGGAUAGUGGUGGGCCGGGUCCGAGUGGAGGGAAUGCGAUUGUGACUACCAGGCCCAAGAUGAAGCCCGAAGAUGGAGUAGAUGGUGAGGAUCCUAAGUAGUCCAAAUUGGGGACUGGGCUUAACUCCGCAAUUUUUAGGAAUAAAGAUUUUUAACGAGUUGUUGGUCAACAUCGUGCUUUAGUCAAAGCAGAUCAGUAGAGUGAAGACAGCCAAAUAUUGUCAGAUCAUGCCUCUACUUUUUGGUUACCGCUUGAAUGGUUUGUAUUGUAUUGUAUUAUAUUAUUUUAAAAAUAUUUAUUUUAAUUGAUACUUAACUUUUAUUGUAUAUUAUCAAAUCCGUUGUUACAUGUAACAGUAAAAUAAUUUAUUUUAUGUAACAACCGAUUUGGUGUGGUUGGAUCUC